AUGUCGACCGUAGGCAAACCCAUAACGUGCAAGGCUGCAGUGUGCUGGGCCGCCGGCGAGCCCCUCAAGAUCGAGGAGGUCGAGGUCGCCCCUCCGGGUCCUCAUGAAGUCCGCAUCCAUAUUCUAUACACUGGCAUCUGUCACACCGAUGAGUACACUCGCAGUGGCAAGGACCCUGAGGGAGUGUUCCCGGUCAUCCUCGGCCACGAGGGCGGCGGAAUCGUCGAGUCCGUAGGCGAGGGCGUCACCAGCGUCAAGCCGGGCGACCAUGUCAUCCCCCUGUACACCGCCGAAUGUCGCGAGUGCAAGUUCUGCAAGAGCGGGAAGACCAACCUCUGCGGAAAAGUCCGAGCUACUCAGGGUAAGGGACUGAUGCCUGACAGCACCGUCCGCUUCACAUGCAAGGGACAAAAGCUCCACCAUUUCAUGGGUACAUCGACGUUCUCGCAGUACACCGUUGUCGCGGACGUCUCCGUGGUCGCCGUCAACCCGAAGGCGCCCCUUGAGCGCGUCUGCCUACUCGGUUGCGGUAUCACCACGGCCUGGGGUGCAGUGGUCAAACAGCCGGGAAUCCCCGGGUCGACGGUGGCUGUCUUUGGCUGUGGCGCCAUCGGGCUCGGCGUCAUCGCAACAUCCGCGCUCGUGAAGGCGUCGCGCGUCAUCGCAGUCGACACCAACCCCGGGAAGGAGGCCUGGGCACGCAAGUUCGGCGCGACGGACUUUGUGAACCCGAGCAAGCUUCCAGAGGGCACCAGGAUCCAGGACUACCUGAUCGAGCUAACGGAUGGUGGUUUGGACUACACAUUCGAUUGCACGGGCAAUGUCCACGUCAUGCGUGCUGCCCUUGAGGCAUGCCACAAAGGCUGGGGUGUCAGCACCAUCAUUGGUGUCGCGGCUGCUGGCCAGGAGAUCUCUACUCGCCCAUUCCAGCUCGUCACUGGCCGUACGUGGCGUGGCACUGCGUUCGGUGGCGUGAAGGGCCGCACCGAGCUCCCCGGCCUUGUCGAGGAUUAUAUGGCUGGGAAGGUCAAAGUCGAUGAGUAUGUCACUCACAACCGGACGUUGGCCGACAUCAAUGAGGGCUUCCACGAUAUGCACGAUGGCAACUGCAUUCGCUGUGUGGUGGAUAUGUCCUAG